AUGUCAAUCAGCAUCUUGUGUCAUGGUGAUUCCAUCACUCGUGGUUACUACGAUCAUGGCUGGAAACACCAUCCUUAUUCACGUAAACUCGGUGAAUUAUUAAAAGAUCACUUUCAUUCCUCGAUCACAUUUAAUAUUACCACCCAAGGUAUCAAUGGUGAAACAACUGCAUCCAUGUUGAAACGAUUAGAAAAAACAUUCAGUGAGACGAAGACAAAAUAUGAUUGUCUAGUGGUUUUGGGGGGAUUAAACGAUUUAGGAGAUGAGACACCAGAUCUUAUUGCUCAAAAUCUCUGUGAUAUGGUAGUAUUGGGUAGAAAAAACGUGAAAAACAGUUGUGUGCUGAUCUCAGUGCCGAAUUGUUACCCAGAUCGCAGCUAUUCGAAAUAUCGAGAAGCAAAAGAUGCGGUCAAUAAACGAUUGAAAGAGUAUGUAGACAAACAAAAUGGUUCGUUAACGCCUCGUGUUCAUUUUCUCGAUUUAACUGAACAUGGUCUCGACUUUUUUGCCAUGGAUGAUAAACAGAGAAGCUUAAUUUAUGAUGAUAAUAUUCAUUAUACGCCCGAAGGAUAUGAUCUACUUGGUAGUGCGGUGUUUAAUGUACUUAAAUCUGAUAUUUCUGUUUAA